AUUGAAAUGCAUUUAUUUGAAGCACUUGAAGACAAAAACUCGAUAGAUUCUAGGUAAGUUAUUAUGUAUUUGAAACGUAAAGUUUGUAAGAAAAAUCUUAAAAACGAACACAGUGUAUUACGACGCGUCAAGCAUUAAUGUAUUAUACGAAAUACAAUCAAAAUGUAAAUGUAUUCUUUCUACGGUUAUUGUCAAAUUAACACAUAAAUUAAUGUUUAUGAAGUUAUUUUAAAUACAUAAAACAAGCUGUUAACCGCAAAAUUGUGCCUUACGAUAGUCUAAGGAGCCAUCAAACUGUUGGAGUUCUGUGUCUGGAUUUAAUAUAUAAAAGUGUGUUACACGUGGCCCCGCUGAAGGCGCUAGGCGAGUUCGUGAAGGUGCGCGUGGGCAGUGCGAUGGCGCACGAAGGCGGCGUACUACUCGAUGUGAUAGGCGCCAUUAGACAUCCUAAAUUCGAGGAGGAGCCUGUACCACACGCGGAUGUCGCACUCCUCAAACUAUCAGAGAAUCUUGAAUUCGAUGAAUACAUCAACCUUGUCAAGAUAUACGAUGGCAUGAAUGAGCCGUAUGCGCAGAGUUUUGUUGCCGUAUCUGGUUGGGGGGCGACCAACGGUGGAGAUACAGCAUUCAGAGAUCAGACGCCAGAUCUAAUGACUGCAAGACUAAAGGUGCGCACAAAGAACUACUGCAUCGACGCCUACCAGCUCGUCAACGGCUUCCAGUUCACUGCUGACUUCUUCUGCGCCUCUCUGAGGAACGGCAGCAGGGACGCUUGUCUUUUCGACGCGGGAGCACCUGCAGUGCAGAGGAACCAGCUGAUGGGCAUCAUGAGCUUUGGUCCCGAGAAGUGCGGUCACCCGCACCAGCCUUCCGUUUUUGUCAAAGCUUUCUACUUCAAGGACUUCGUAUCAACAACGAUAGCAUCGUACAAGACGACGCACGAGCUAGUGGAGGCUAUAAAGGAGAUAGAGCCGGAGAUCGCGGGGCCGUUAGCGCGACCCAUGCCGGAGCCGGAGGGCGACACCGCUGACAGGCACUACAGUGAAGAGGUCACGCAUGCUGUAUAGAAUUACAUCAUAUUUCCGCUAACUCGACUGGCAGAAUGACCUUGUAGUGUACUUGAUUAUUUAUUUAUCUAUUUUUCACGCUACAUUUAUGUGUAAUCCUAAUGUAAUAAAACGUAAACACACUUUUCUUUGUUAUGUAAGAUAUUAGCAAUGGCACUAUAUUUUUAAAUCAUCAAAAAGCUUAUGACACGCUAUAGGCAGUAUAUUUUCACGCUAUGCUAUAAGAGUGUGAGUAAAUCGAAAAAGAAUAUUCGUGAAAGGGACAAAAACAAGAAGCCAGGCGUCGUUGUCAUUUGAAUUUUGAUAAUUCCAAUGAUAAGUUUUAAGCAGUGUAAACAAUAAAAUAAAGUU